AUGCUUCAGUACCGUUUUAUGGCGCUCGCCGCCACAGCAGCCACCGUCGUCACGGCCAAAAUCUCGGUCCAAGUGCAUCGUAACUUGGAAAUCGCCAAGCAGUCGAAUAUCGUGGUCAAUUUUCACUCUGACGAGGCCCUCGCCACCCACCGCCGCCGACUCAAGGGCGGCGCGUCUCGCACCGAAACCAUUGAGUCGCUGGUUGAUUCGUUGAAGGAGCACACCACCAAGUCUCAGGCGUCGGUCAAGUCGCUCCUGGCCAACCAAGUUGAAUCGACGGCUGUGGAAGUGGCUACGACAUGGAUCCAAUGUUCCAUGUACAUCGACAACGCCCCCAACGACCUCGUCCAGAAGAUCGCGGCGUUGCCGGAAGUCAAAUACAUUCACGAGCCAGUUACAAUGACACUCGAUGAAACCAAAAGCGGUGACAAACCAGCUAGUGCUGUCAAUGAGGUCAGCGAAUGGGGGAUCAAGAAGAUCCAAGCGCCGGCGCUGUGGGCCAAAGGCAUCAAGGGCGACGGCAUUGUCGUGGCCAACAUCGACUCCGGUGUUCGCUAUACCCAUGAUUCAUUGAAGUCGAACUGGCGAAGUGAAUAUGGUUGGUUCGACCCGUACAACAAGACGACACUGCCCAGCGACCCGCUGGGCCACGGCACUUCCAUCAUGGGCACUAUGGUGGGAACGCAAGGUAUUGGUGUCGCCCCCAAGGCCAAGUGGAUUGCUUGCAAAGGGUGCAAGAACGGGUGGUGCGUGGAUCGUAAGGUGGUGGAAUGCGCUCAAUUCCUGCUUUGUCCCCACGACAAAGACGGCAACAACCGAAACUGCAGCAAGGCCCCUCAUGUGAUCAACGGCAGCUUUGGUAGGCACCGCAGGGACUUCUUUUUGGAAGGCAUGAUUACAAUGUGGAGAGAAGCGGGAAUCAUUCCCGUGUUUUCGAACGGCAACAAUGGCCUAAAAGGCUGUGGGUAUUCAACUUAUCCUGGCACGUCCCCUCAAGUGAUUUCUGUCGGCUUCACUGACUCCAGCGAUUCUUUGUCGAUCUAUUCAAGUUUGGGACCUUCCGUGAGGAACCACGUCAAACCCGACAUUUCGGCUCCUGGUUCCGACAUCCGUACCGCAGGACACUUGAGUGACGAUGGUGUUUUGCAGGCCUCUGGCUCGAGCAUGUCCGCGCCUUAUGUUUCUGGAGCCAUCGCCUUGUACUUGUCUGCCAACAAAGGCGCCUCGUACGACCAAGUGUACAAGGCCCUGACCAAGAAUGUGGACACGGACACGUUAACUCCGCCCAACAAGACCUGCGGUGGUAUUCCCAACACGCGAUAUCCGAACAACCUCUUUGGCUACGGCCGGUUGAACAUCUUCAAGGCCGUAGCUGCUAGCAUCCCCCGUCUCACUCUUCCCCCGCCAUCCCCGAAGGACUCCAAGUCCAACCAAGUCUUCAACCCGACCAAUGGCCUAAACACGUGUGGCACCUUGGAAGACAACACGCACUAUAUUGGCGGCAACUUGGCUUCGGCCAAACUGGCGACUGCUGAAUCCUGCUGCGCUGAAUGUAAAAAGACACCGGGAUGCAAACUCUUUGUGUGGUACAACCUCAACGGUGGCUUGUGCCGGCUCAAAGACACCCAAGGCCCAAAGGUGGCUGUGGACGGAGCCAAGGCGGGCGUGCUACCAGCCCCAGCCUUGGCACGACCGCCGUUAUUUUAG